CUGGCGAGAGCGAGAGCGAGAGCUCAGCCCCGAGGAGAGGCAAGGAGGAUGGUCCUCCCGCUGUCGCCGCUCGCUGGGACCGAGGAGGCGGCGACGGCGGAGGAGGCAGCCUGAGCUGCGGACAAGAAGGGCGAUGCAGCAGCAGCAGCGGCGGCGGCGGCGGCAGAGCGACCCUGGCUGGAAGCCCCUGAGAUGAGGCGGAGAUCCGCCGCCGCUGCGCCCGGAGCGGCUCCUCGUUUCCGAAGACACUGAUUUUUGAAGGAUGAGGAGGACUUGUACUUCAGAGCUAAAUUGAUGCCUGCUUCGCAUGCGAUCGGAAUUCCUGCAUUGUUUAAAGAUACUAAAGCGACCUGUGAAGAAGGAUCUCCAUGAAGGUGACCAGCCAUGCAAUGUUCUUGGAAGGCUGUCCUCCUACUUGCUUUGGCCUCCAUUGCUAUCCAGUACACAGCCAUCCGCACCUUCACAACCAAGUCCUUCCAUAGCUGUCCUGUACCUAACCCAAUGAACUGCAGCCUGAACCAGGAGGUUGAAUCAGCUGACAAACUGUGUGACGAGAGCCCCACCUCUGCUUAUAACCUCUCCAAAAAGACACAUGUCCUGAUCUUGGCCACCACUAGAAGCGGCUCCUCUUUUGUUGGGCAACUCUUUAAUCAGCACUUCGAUGUCUUCUAUUUAUUUGAGCCCCUCUACCAUGUCCAGUACACCUUGAUCCCAAAGCUGACACAGACCAAGGGCUCCACGGACCGACGGAUCAUGCUGGGGGCUGGCAGAGAUUUGCUGAGGAGUCUCUAUGACUGUGAUCUCUACUUCUUGGAAAACUACAUCAAACCCCAGCCCAUCAACCAUACAACAGACAGGCUUUUCCGGAGGGGGGCCAGCAAAGCUCUAUGCUCCCCACCAGUAUGUGAGACACUGAUGCCUGCUGAUUUUCCCCUGGAAGAAGGGGACUGUGUAAAAAAAUGUGGCACUUUGAACCUGACCUUGGCCACUGAAUCAUGCAAAGAUCAUGGGCAUGUUGCUAUCAAAACAGUGCGGGUGCCAGAGGUCAAUGAUCUUAGAGCCUUGGUGGAUGAUCCCAGGCUCAACCUGAAAAUUAUACAACUGGUGAGGGAUCCCAGGGGCAUCCUGGCUUCCAGGAGUGAGACAUUCAGAGACACGUACAGGCUUUGGCGAAUUUGGGAUGGCACAGGCAGAAAACCCUAUAACCUGGAUGUGACACAGCUCACCACUGUCUGUGAGGACUUUUUGAACUCUGUUUCCACUGGACUAAACCGGCCGCCAUGGCUCAAGGGCAAAUAUAUGCUGGUGAGGUAUGAAGACCUGGCCAGGAACCCCUUAAAAAAGACUGAGGAGAUGUAUGAAUUCCUUGGCAUCCCAAUGGACAGCAAUGUGGAACGAUGGAUACAGAACAACACAAGAGGGGACAGAUCUGCAGCCAAACACAAGUACGGGACUGUCCGAAACUCAGCGGCAACCGCAGAGAAGUGGCGGUUCCGCCUCUCGUACGAAAUUGUGGCAUUUACACAGAAUGCAUGCCAGCAGGUGUUGGUACAACUGGGUUACAAACUGGUGUCCUCUGAGAGGGAAUUAAAGAAUCUCUCGAUCAGUCUGGUGGAAGAAAGGGACUUCUUACCCUUCUGGUAAUGCAGACAUUGGGAGCUCAUGUUGUAAUGCAGAGGCGAGCCAUUUGUAACAGUUGCCUUACUUCCCCCCUCCCCUCCUACUCUCCGAAAUUUGCACUAAUUCUUGAAUGAGAGUCUCAAACAGAGUUGACAUGAAGAAGGUGCCCCCUCUCAGAUCAUUGUAUGGAGCAUGAGUCUUGGGUCUCUUAAGAGCAAGAGCUAAAAUAAACAAACUGUGGACCGGUAGCAAUGUUUACAAAUCACACACACAUAACAAUGUAUAAAAGGAAAAAAAAGUAACCCUCAGGCUUUCUAUACUGAAGGGCACCUGAGGGAUUAUACUUUUGCACUGUUUACUUUUACAAUGUAAGAGGUAACUAUAAAUAUAUAUAUAAAUAUAUAUAUAUAUGUCUAAUUUAUGAAUAGUGUUGUCACCUCCUACCUAACUCCUCCUGAUUAUGAGCAGGUUUUACUGUUAGCUGAAUGUGGAAUAAUCUCCUUGUUUUUAAUCUUGUUUUGAUAUGUCUGAGUCAUGUUAUCAGGCUGGUCGCUGAUCCAUGGUUUGUUUAGUAACACCUAUGACAUUUCUUUGUGCCAAAAAGAGAAAAAAGAAGAAAAAAGGAAGGAAAUGGUUUGCUGAACAGCAACAACAAAACCUUAAUGCUUUAUCUCUGUGUUUUCUGCAAAUAAAGAAUUCAAUAAAAUCAAUUGUUCCUGGAGGGUGAAAUUCACCAGGCCAGGCUCAAUGAA